AAGCGGGGAAUACAAAAUGUAGAUGUGCUCUCGUCAUUCGUAUCCAGCACGGCGAUCCAGCGCGUCCAUCUUGAACUGCAUAUUGUCGGUCGGACUUCUUACGAGUUCUUAGGUUCUCUAGCUUCGCUUCAGUUAGCACAGAAGUGGAAACGCCGCAGAGCGGGGGAGGACGUGGCCAUCGAAAGGGAAAGAGAGGAGUGGUAAACGCCGGAGAGCGGGGUAGGUAAUUUCAACGUUCUGCGAUUUGGUACGUCUCUCUCUCUUGUCUGUCCCCCCUAAGGAAGGAGAGGAGAGAGAGUGGCAGUUAGCAGAAGUGUGUUAUGGCAGCGAUGGCUGUAGCUAUGGCGGCGGCGGCGGCGACGGCGACGGCGACGUCCCCACUGCUGCAGUCUAUGCAGACUUCAUCUUGCCAGUCGUCCACGUCAUCGUCUUCUGCGUCGUUAUCCUCUUCGUCGCAGGCAUUCAGAGGAGGACACGUGGCAUGUGUGCGAGUAAAAGGAGGAGGAGGGAACAACUCGUUGUUCAGUCGGCGAUCGCCAGGAAGGCGACACGUGGUGGUCCCGGCGUCGUCAGAGCAAUUUGCUGACAUGCAGGACGAGAAGCAAGAAGAUUCCGCCGCCGCGCUGUCUGGUGUGGUUUUUGAGCCGUUCAGCGGCGACCUGCACACCAAGCUUCAGGCGGUCCCGGCGGCGCGCGACUCAUCCUACGCGCGCCAAAGGUACAGCCCUGCCUGCGAGGCCGCCGUUAAUGAGCAGAUCAACGUCGAGUACAACGUCUCCUAUAUCUACCACGCCCUCUUUGCCUACUUCGAUCGGGAUAAUGUAGGGUUGCCUGGCUUUGCGGCGUAUUUCCGCCACGCCAGCGAGGAGGAGAGGAUGCACGCGGAGGAGUUGAUGAAGUACCAGAAUCUUCGGGGAGGGAGGGUCAAGCUGCAGUCGCUGAUGAUGCCGCAGAUCAACUUGAACGAUCCAGAGAAAGGAGACGCCCUCUCGGCUAUGGAAUUGGCACUUUCGCUUGAGAAACUGAACAACGAGAAACUGCUUGCUCUUCACAAAACGGCCGCGGAUGCGGGUGAUGCACAGAUGACUGAUUUCGUCGAAGGCACUUUCCUAAACGAGCAGGUGGCGGCAAUCAAAGACGUAUCAGAACACGUGGCUCGCUUGCGUAGGGUUGGACCGGGCCAUGGAGUCUAUCACUACGAUCUGGAGCUUCUGGAGAAAUUCGCUGCUGCUCCCGUAGCUGCCUAAGUGGGAAGCGUCGACGCAUUCAUUGAAUCUGGUCGUUUUAUUCGUAACGUGCCUUCUUUCGCCUCCUCCUCCUCCUCGUCCUACGCCGCCGCCGCCGCAGAUUCCAUUGUCAAUCCUCCGUCGUUAAUCCGCGUCUUUCCUGUUUUGGUAUAUAUCUCUUCGUUCUUUCCCUUUUCGUAAACGACCGCGUAUGCACCCCAGUCUGCCCACGUCUGUGUUUGUCUUAUUACUUGAUGACGUUUCGUUUUACUCCCUAACCCUUAGAUGCUCGUCUUCACCGUCGUUGGGCUUGCGUCUAUCUUUCAGGUAUAGAUUUUGUCGGCGUUCGAUCUUUCGACCUGUCGAUGGAGAUGUAGUUGUAGAUGUUGCCUUGGCUGCCGCUCUCUCCGUGCACCGCAAGCAAGCGAAGGGGACUCAGCCGGAUUUCCAGAAUGCUGGCUGUUUGCCGUCGACGACGGCCGAGAUGAAUGAAUGAACGGUUCAGUGCUCGUUCGUGAAGCGACGGGCAGGUCGCCUUAUGUCCAUUUUUAGAUUAAGUGAAAGUAACUCCUUCAUGUUUUGAAAACGUUUUCUUUCCUCUUUGCCAAGUGAAACAAACAUUUCAUGUUUUCUUUUCCUUUGAUGUAUUCGUGCUGUGUGCACUGAAAGAAACACGUUUUUGUUCAGUAAUGCUCGGACCAUCCGACCCCGCUGUAUUUUGCAUCUUCCUCUUCUCAUCGCUCAUCUAUUAAUCUACUGCUCUGUGUGUCUGUGUGUGUUUGUGUCUGAGUUUGUGUGUGUGUGUGUCUGAGUGUGUGUUUCAGACUUCCCCAGAGUAACCCCUUUUGCAACCAGACGCGCUCAUCUAUCAAUCUACUCACAUUCUCUCAUGGAAGUUAACAUAUACGAGAGUGUCUGUCUGUGUUUGUCUGUCCGUCCGUCUGUCUUCAUCUGGCUGUGUGUGUCUGUGUGUCUCUGUCUAUCUGCAUUUGCCUCUCUAUCCUGCAUGCAUCAAUGUUUUCUCUGUCCACGGCAUCCUCUCCUUCUCCUGUCCUACUCUCUUUCUCCCUCCCAUUCUCCCUCCCAUUCUCCCUCUCUCUUUCUCCCUCUCUCGUUGUCCCCCCCUCUCUCUCUACCUCUCUAUUUCUUUCUUUAUCUCUCUCCCUUUCUCUUUUAUGUUUCCGUCUCUGUCGCUGUCUAUAUGUGCAGGCAUCCGUUCGCCUGCUUGCGUGCUUGCUUCCUCUCUCUCUCUCUCUCCACCAUAUCCUCUUCUCUCCUCGCUCUCUAUCUCCCCCCUUUCAACCUUCUUCGGCAGUUAGUACCCUAAAGCCGACCAUGCGGCAGGUUACCCGCAGUCAGUACCCUAGAACCGACCAUGUGCUGGGUUUAGGUUCUUGAAGGGUUAUGGGAAAGCUAUUCAGAUUUGUGGAAAUGUGGCGGAAUUUGUGGGAAUUUUAAGACCUUGCGCAGAAAAUAGUUUCUCCUGAGAUGAGGGUCAGGUUCUAUCGACAUUGAUUAAUGCUAUGAAUAGCAUGGAGUCGCUGUAGUCGUUAAGUGAUUUACGUAUUCUUAACUACCCUAGAAUCGAGACCGGGGGAAAAAAGCAAUCGAGCCCAGGCAGCGCAGACCUUGGAAACUAGGCUCGGUUAGCUGAAGCUCGAAAUCCUCUGUCCCAGCGACCGGUCUUUCAAAUCAAGAUUUUUUAUUUUUUGUUUUUUUGGAUAAAUAAAGAUUUUUGAA